CUGCGUGGCGUCACGUACGUACGGUCAACAUGGCCGCCUCAGGCGCUUGGGCCGGCGGCGGGGGAGUUGAAUUUCAAUUGGCGGUUGGAAGCGGCGCGCGCCUGCCUGACUAGCCAGCUGGGGAAGCCACUGCGCGUGCGCGCCAGAGGCCGAGAUGGCGGCCGAGGUGGAGUCCUCUCUGGAGCUGAGUCUGUCGAGCAGCAGCAGCGGCGCUCCUCCUGGGGCCCUUCCCCCGGCGCGCUCCCGCAUCUUCAAGAUCAUCGUCAUCGGGGACUCGAACGUGGGCAAGACCUGCCUGACGUACCGCUUCUGCGCCGGACGCUUUCCGGAGCGCACCGAGGCCACCAUCGGAGUGGACUUCCGCGAGCGCGCCGUCGACAUCGACGCCGAGAGGAUCAAGAUCCAGCUCUGGGAUACAGCAGGGCAGGAGCGAUUCAGGAAAAGUAUGGUACAGCACUACUACAGGAAUGUACAUGCAGUUGUGUUUGUAUAUGAUAUGACAAAUCUUGCCAGUUUUCAUAGUUUGCCAUUAUGGAUCGAGGAGUGCAAACAACACUUACUCACCAAUGAUAUACCUCGGAUUUUGGUUGGAAACAAAUGUGAUCUGAGGAGCGCAAUUCAGGUGCCUACGGACGUGGCUCAAAAAUUUGCUGACACCCAUAGCAUGCCGCUGUUUGAAACGUCUGCUAAAAAUCCUAAUGACAAUGAUCACGUGGAAGCUAUAUUUAUGACACUGGCUCAUAAGCUUAAGAGCCAUAAGCCACUCAUGCUUAGCCAGCCACCUGAUAACACUGUUCACUUAGAACCUGUAUCAAAACCUGCCAUAACAUGUUGGUGUUAGCUCACAGUAUUUUUACAGUCAUCCCUUUAGUCUGUUUACCAGUGCUGUAACUGUGUGGUGUUGAUGAAGUUCAGGCUUAGUAGGGAAUUAUGUGGAAUCUGCUGAGCACUUUAUUGUAUGUCCUCACAUAUAAAUGUAUUCCACUCUUAUAUUUGCACUUCGUAAACUGUGGCAUCUGAAUUAAUAUUUAUCUGGAAAGUAGAUUUUUCAAGUGAAGUUUAACCUCUGAUUCCAAAGAGCAUAGUUUUGAGAAUCCCCCCCCACACACACACACACUCUAAACAAAGAUAAAUAUGUGUGUUAGGUCAAAUCACUGAUGCCUUUAGUGUUCAGUUUGUGUAUACCACCAUUCUGUAGAGAUCCAAAGACUAAUAUGAAGUUAUAAUCUAAUGUAUUUGUCAAAUGGGAGAAAUUUACACUUAUCUUUCAUAUUUUAAUUGUACAGUAGAGGAAAGACAUGAGUGCUAAAUAGAAGUGCCACUUGCCUUUCAUCUCUUUCUACUUUAUUAUAAACUCUGUAGCUUUAUUGGUUACACAAAUAAUGAUUCAUAUAGUAUGUUUUUCUGCCUUAAGUUGUGGUUUUCUUGCCUUCGUGGCAUAUUUUCAUAGCUUUGCACUUUUCUUUAACUAUGAGAGAACAAGGGAUAGGAACAGCUUUGUAAAAAUAAUUUAACAAUAUUGAAACAUUGUUUAACUCAAUUAUGUUUUUUUCAAGAAUAACAUGAACAUUUAAUGGAUUAUUGAAAACAAAACUAAAACUUAGCUAUAUUAAUAUAUAUUGCUACUGUAACCACAGGAAUUGUGUCGUUUCAGUGGUAGCAUUGCUUCAGAGAUGCAUUCAUCAAUAAGAUUGCAAAGUAUUGUUGAUGAAAACAUACAUAUAACUUUAAAAGUUCCAGAAGAGGACAGAUCCAUGUAUAUCCCACUUCCUUCAUCACGGGGUCCUUAGUUUCUCUAUCCCUGACUCACUGUGGGCUCACUUCAACAAAGUGAAAGGAAAAGGCAGAUUACUUACAUCAUAUCUUUGGAAUAUUUAAAGAUACUGCCCAGAGUCCAGCAGAAUUCUUCUGUUGGAGAUACCAUUGCUGUGAGAAAUUUGGAGAGAAGGGAAAGGCAAGCCUCCAUGAAGUCCCCCCCCCCAAUGCACUCUGAAAAUCUGCUCUAAGGUUCUGAGAAACCUUCUUGAACCAGUUCUAGGGCAGUACACAGUACUGCAAGAAGGAGGCAAAGUAAUUUCUAUGUGUUAGCACUUGAGCAGUAGUGUGAAGUUGGAUUUCAGCCAUGUACACAUUUUGCAAGUUAAGAUGAGCCUGAAGGCUAUAUUAUUAAUAUCCUAAAAAAACGACUUGAAGGCACACAAUAGGAACAACAACAAUGGUGUAUUGCUAGAUUUGUAAUAGUGUAGUGGUAGUUACCUUCUGUACAGCUUUCAAACUAGGCAAAACGUAAAUUUUUAUUCCAAACACAGAUUUAGGAUCAGGGUGCAUCCAAAUGUAGGGUUUGAGAUCACAGAGUUAGUAGUACUAAAACAAUGAGGGAGACAAAUGUAGAGCCAUGUGAAUAGCUGCAUCAGAAGAACAAAUGGUAGUCAAGUUGAUUUGUUGUGGAUAAUAUUGAACCUUGUAUUUCCAGCAGAAAUUGACCAUAGGGUCCCACUGGAGGAUUUUUAGAUGCCUAGAGUGAUUAAUUUCCCCCCCGGACAUGGGUAAAUUAAACCAGUCUCCGCAGAUAUGGGAAUCAUACUGUAUUUUAUUUUUGAAAUAGUUUGAAACAAAGCCUUCAGCAUCUAUAGUAGGUAAUAAAAUCACUACUUGAAAACCUUAGCUAUUAAAAUAUGCAGAGUAUUCUGCACCAUGAUAUAUAAACCAGAAUAAAGACAGCAGUGUUCCAUAAGAAAAGUUAAUGAGAUUCUAAUAACUGUUGAAAGGCCUCUUCAGAUCUGUUUGCAGUAUAGGCAACCUAUAUGACAGGGCUGCCUUGAUAAUUUUGCGUGGAUGUCUUUCGGCCAUUAUACCUAUCCUUGUUUCUUAUCCUUCCCACACCACUUAAGAAAUUCAAGGUGGUGGUGGGGGGGGUUGGCCAUACUGUGUUCAUUUUGUAAUAUGCAUUAGUGGCACAAGUGACCAGAUAAAGGCCUUCCGUCACUGUACUGUCAGCAAAUGAAUGUUAUGGUGCCUGUUUUCAAGAAUAACGCUACAGAGUUUCAUGUUAGUUCUUGCUAAGGAUGGCAACCACUCCAUUCAAAAAUAUUUAUUUAUAUGAGUUUUAAGUUACUAGCAAUAUUGACUUAAACAUGAAUCCAUCUGCAGAAUUACAACAGUUUUGAAGAAAAGAAGUAUAUAGUGGGGCCUUGCUAUCCAUAGGCUUGUCAUCUGAAGAUUUAAGCAUCUGGCAGAUGGCGAGCCUCGUUGUCCCCAAUGGUGGUGCAUGCAUGCAGCCGCAUGCACGUUUAACCACCAUUAAGAACAAAGGGGUGAGGUCCUGCAUUUUUCUGUAUUCGCCGGGUAGUGGUGGGUGUGAAUGGAUCCCCCACGAAUACAAAGGUCCGACUGUACUUCCUUUGUUUUCAGAUGAUGCAUGCACAUACCCAUUGCUCUUGGUGCUAUCACAGGCAUGACAUUGUCACGUGCAUGAAUGAGAAUGGAGAUUCUUUUUUAUUUCAUGUAUGCGUAUACUGCUUUUUCUUUCACAAAUGUAGCUAACAGUAAUAGUCUGGAAUGCGUCUUCUAAGAAGUGCUAGCUUCCAGCUCUUUUGUAACAUGUUGAUGUAUUAAAAAUCAGCUGUCCAAUAAUUGAAGGUAUCUUUUUAAUGUAAGAUUUUUAUUGCUCUAUUAGAUUAGCUACACAUUAUUUACUGAAGUAUAAAUAUAUUGCAGUGGUCUUAGUCUUAAAUUUUUAUUUCAAUAUCAAUAAGGGAUUGUUGCAAUUCUCCUGAUCCUCCUCAUUCUUCAUUUAUGGGAUAUAUUUUACAUGCCCUUAAUUUUACAUGUUGUCCUAGGCUGUGCACAACCUUUUGGUUAUAUAAAAAGGAAAAAGAAGGCAUGAAACUGAGCUCACUAUUGGAUUUUAUUCAGAGGAAAUGGAAUAUCAGUAUUGUAUGUGAACAACUGAAGAACAAUUUGCUAAAUGUAGUUUGCUUACUCUGUUUCGUCUGUGUGCUGCUAUUGCAACAACUAAAUUUGAGUGCACAGUGAAGCUUAAGCUUGUCUUCAAGAUUGUCUUCAAUCAUGUUAUGGUAAAAGUUCAAUUUAAUUGCCAAAUAAUGUGAAGAUAGGCAAUAUUCUGUUACCGGUGCAAUUUAAAAGGUUACUGCAUUUUAGAUUUAGGAAAAUAGAUGUAUUGCAUCUUAAGCAGCAUAAAAUGCAGGGAGCACAAUCUGCCUGAAUUGUGGGACAGAUAUGUGAGUGGAUUGUGUCCAAUAUUUUUAGAUAGUCUCUUCUUUCUUUAAACCCCCCCUUUUUUUUUUUUUUUUUUUUUUUUUUUUUUUUUUUUUGGAGGCAGAGCAUCUUAUCACUGCAGCUGUGAAAGAGUUUUAUUGUUUAGCUUUUUUUAUAACACUUAAAAAGGGAUUUUUUUUUAAAAUCUGCUCUAAACAUGAAUUUUAUUUUAUUUUAUUUUACAUACUUUCCAGGAAUAAUCAUUUUUUAAUGCUACAUAUCUUUAGUGAUUUUUAAUUAUACAAUUAUUCAAAUAUGGUUUACAUUCCUCUAUAGAGGAUUUACCCGUUUAUUUCACAUGUUUAAUCCAUUUCUGUGAAAGGAUUGAUUUGAAUGCAAACCAAAUCAUUUCAUGUCUAAAUUUUACCAUCUCAAAGCAAGCACAAAAAUACAAAGUUCUGUAAGCACACUGAGUGGAAAGUUACAGAAUAAUGCAUGUAAACUCAACAUAUCAAGGCUUCCUUUGUUCCUAAUGGCAACAACCUUUGAAAUGGUUAUAUAAUUAUUCUGACAUAUAAUGUAACACUCAGCUUUACUAUUUUAGCACCAAUUAUUUUGAUAGUAUUAUAACAUACAGAAUAUCAGUGAUCUAAAAUAUUUCUGAAUUUAAUAAUGCUUUACUCCAAAAUGUCAUGUUUGUUUUGUCCAAAAUAAAAUGAAGGAUUUUUGUAUGUCUCAAAACGAUCACGAUGUGCCACUGUCUUAAAUAAAUAAAUACUAGCUAA